AUGUCUGGUGGAUGGAAUCCCGUUAGUGGCCGUGAUUCCAGGGGAACUCGGCCCAAUGGUGCUCCCGCAGGUGUACCUGUUCCCACACAAGGUCAACCCUAUAUCCCCUAUGUUGGCGGGCCCGGCUAUAACUUUGGUCUAGUCUCUACUCCUUACGGUGUCAUGUAUCCUGGCGGUGCCGCAUAUGGCCAGCCUGCAUACGUUGUUCCCCAGGGACCUGUCGCAGGGUUCCAAAGUCCGAUGACCUACGCAAACCAACCCAACGGUACUGGGAACAUCCUGCCUCGGCAAGCCCAGCCUCAUCCGCAAAUCGACACCCAAAUGCCUGCCGCCCAGAUGACCAAUUCUACUGGCGGCGUGGGUUGCGAACCAGGCUACAACUACUUCUUCCCAGCCGAGCACACCAAGGUUCAUGUGUUCAAGAGUGAAACCCCGCCCUGGCAGCUCGAUGCUAAUGCGCAAAUUCCCUUCAUUGCUUCACACGUCCCUACCAGCACCAAGUUGGGUGAUUUGCUCAAAGGCUUCGGCUGUACUAAUCCCAACCCCAAGAAGAAUAAGUGCUUCGAGCUAUACAGUGGGGGCAAUGGAAAAUGGUACAAGGGAUAUUCGUUCAACGGAGACGAGGAGAAGGAAAUCGAGAAGAGCUUGAAUGAGGUUGGAUGGACCUCUGACCGUACAGGCAGCGAAAACGGCAAGCCCGUCGUCUGUCUCUGGUUCUGCAAGAGCUGA